AUGUGUCGCUUUGUGAUAUACAAAGGCACCUCGCCUGUGCUGCUCUCGCAUCUUCUGACUAGGCCUUGUCAUUCUAUCAUCAACCAAGCAUUUGAUUCUAGGUUGCGUCUCGACCAACGUCGACCUAUGAAUGGAGAUGGUUUCGGCGUUGGAUGGUACGAUUCAGUAUACGACGAAGAACUAGGAAGGCAACCUUGCAUAUUCACAUCGGUCACGCCUGCAUGGAAUAAUGUCAAUCUCACUCGACUGGCAGAGAAGAUCAAAUCCCCCUUAGUUUUUGGUCAUGUACGUGCUACUACAGCAGGCUCUCUGUCCCUCGACAACUGCCAUCCCUUUGUGCAUGGCAAAUUGAUGUUCAUGCAUAACGGAGGCAUCGCCGAUUUCCAAUUGAUCAAGCGCAGACUACAAUGUUCCCUACCAGAUGUGGCAUUUAAUACAGUGCAAGGGAAUACUGACUCGGAAUGGGCCUUUGCCCUUUUCCUUUCUAAACUCCCAGAUCCAGACGCGAAAUCAUUUACACCCGACGUUUUGAAGGAAGCAAUGCUCAAAACCAUAUCCUCGUUGAACGAGUUUGCUGAGAGUGCCGGUAUAACGGAACCCAGCUUGAUGAAUUUCUGUGUCACCGACGGCGAAACAGUUAUCGCUACUCGUUACAUAUCUUCGCGUAGCGAAGCAGCGGCUUCUCUGUGGUUUUCCUCGGGAACGGCGUUCAGUGAAUUUUGCCAAGGGGGACAUUAUAAGAUGUCCAAGGCAGAUAAACGCGAGAACAUCAUCAUGAUUGCAAGUGAACCCCUUACUUUCGAGCGAGCGGAUUGGAUGGAGAUCAAAACCAAUAACAUGGUCGUAAUAACACCCAGAAUGAAUCUUCUUCAGAUUCCUAUCAUAGACAAGUUCUACGUUCCGCCUUCUGACCCGGCAUCCUUGACACGUGCAACGGAAUUUGCUCGAGAGAAGGGUUUGCUCAGCUCACAUAUCAUCAAGGCGGAUUCACCGCAUGUUGUCCCAGUCGUUGGUUGA